UUUGGUCAUGGCAUAUUAUCCAUUGCGUGCAGGGAUGGUCGCUUGAGCGCAAAGCUUCAGUCGAGGCAGCCAAUCCGGUCCCGGACAGGUUUCUUUGUUUGUUUGCGUGCACUUGAUGUGCACAGAUACGGACAGUGCGGGCGCUGCAUCCUGGAUUGGCAAAUUAUGGGCGUUUCAGGCUGUGGUCUGUCGUCUUCUGGGAUGGACUUGUCUUGUCUUAUUCCUGGCGCUGCUGGGUGGGGUUGCAGGUAGAUGGGUGUUUAUCAGGUUGGGUGUCGUGGUAAUGGGAGGUUGUGAUUGGAGAAGAUAGGGUGAUUGGCCGGUUAUCUGGUGUGGUAUUGUUAGUGAUCAGGUUCUUGGUGGAUCAUACGCCAUGAAACUUGAGGCUGCUCAUGAUUUUGAUAUGGUUGUGCAGGUGACUUCCCGAAAUGGAAGUCGGAGUAUAGGACCAAGUGUCAUUCACGGCUGCUCUUCUACUUUCGAUUAUUCCUCAUCCCCAUAUUGCUGAUUGAGAUCAGUUGAUCAAUGUGUCUCUUCGCUUUGUCUACAUACUUCGGGUUGGACUCUUUCACUUGCCCUAUCA